ACCUUAUUCCUGCGUAUGUCUGUACUGUCUGCACAUUAAUAACCUUGGCUGGCAAUGAGGCGGGCGCUUGGAUGGCUGCUCCCUGGGCAUGCAGCAGGCGGACCAUUAGCCAGCUUUAGCUCCGGGGCCACGCCUGGAUGGCUCCACCACGCCGCGGAGGCAAUAGCCAACACCGCCUCAGCAGCAUCGGGGGAAGCCCGCUGCUACUCAACCCGUGCAGGCAGCCUGUCCACCGCCGGACCUCCAUCCCUUCCAUCUACCUCGGGAUGUGUGCCACCAGCCGCUUGCUCUGUCAACCCUGCAGUUGACCUAGGGUCUGGCUUGAGCUCCACAUCAGCAUCAAGCUCAAUGCUCACUUCGCCUCCAUUAUACUCUCCAUCAUUGUCAUCCGCAUCCUCAACUGUUGCUUCCACAGCACCCAUGGACGACUCCAUCCUCCCAUCCAUCUCCUCCGCUGCCAGUACCACCACCACCGCCACCCAGCACCUAGACAACCCACUCUCCCACGACGUCAUGGCUUCCACCCUCGACGCCUGUACGGCAGCCGAGUCUUCCCUCUUCAUGUCACUCGUACAACAGAUUGCCGGCACGUACGAAUUCGUACACACCACCACGGGGCUUCCCUGGGCCGCCUCCAUCCCGCUCACCACGCUAGCCCUGCGCCUGGCGCUGCUGCCGCUCUCCAUGCGGCAGGCGCGCAUCAUCCGCACAAACUACUCCAUCUACAAGGAGGCGCUGACGCUGACGGCGCAGCAGGAGCAGGAAGCUCGCGAGCGGGAGGAGCAGCUGAGGCUGGAGGAGCGGGCGGCGGCGUCCGUCUCCGCGGACUUCCGCCCCUCCACCUCGGCUUCCUCCUCCUCCUCCUCCUCCGCUGCUGCUGAGGCGGGCGUGUUCGGAGGCAGCAGCAACAGCAGUAGAAGCAGCAGCAGCAUGGGGUUACAUCAGUCCUACUCAACAUCCUCCCAACCAGCAGCAGCAGCAGCAGCAGGGUUAGCAAGCACCCAGCAACAACAAGAAGCAGCUGACCCAUCCCAACAGCAACAACAGCGCCACACAGCCCAACCCACCUCCUCCUCCGCCUCCUCCUCCUCCUCCUCGCCUCCCUCCGAGGAAGACCUGGCCGCCGCGGUGUACGCCAAGUGGCUCUACUCGCAGGCGGUGCUGGCCAACUUCGACAUGCUGCGCCGCAAGUGCGACGCACCGCACUGGGUGUGGAUUGUGGUGAACCCGCUGGUGCAGAUCCCGGUGUUUGUGGGGGUCAGCGCGACACUGGGCAUGAUGUGCAGGGCCAACUGGACGGGUCUGUCCUCCGAGGGAGUGCUGUGGUUCCCCGACCUCACCCUGCCCGCCUUCGUCAUGGACAGCGGGGACAUGCCGCUGGGGCUGGCGGGGUUCGCGCUGCCGCUGAUCGUGUACGGCAUGACCAUGACGUCACUGCGACUGGCCUUCGGAGCCAGCGGCGUGGCGGCGCAGCGGGCGGCGGCGGUGGCGGGGCCGACGGUGCCGGGGGCGGCGGGGGGGCCGGAGGCUGAGACGCUUCUGACCUCCUUCCUGCGCUCGCUGCCGCCGCUGCUGUACACCAUGACCACCCUGAGCCUGUACUUCAAGGUGCAGAUGGCGCACGGAGUGCUGGUGCACUGGCUGGGCAGCGCGGGGUUCACACUGUCGCUGCAGAUGGCGCUGCGCAACCCGACCCUCCGCUCGCUGCUGAAGCUCAACCCGGGGGCCCGCUCGCCCGCCGGCACCACCCUGCGACCCGGACCCCUUGGACCCACCACCACCAUCACCGACUCCCCCUCCUCCUCCUCCUCGGAUGCCACCACUGCUGCUGCCGACGCGAGCGACAGGAGUGUGGACACCGCCUCCUCACCCCCCGCCCCCUCCUCCUCCUCCUCCUCCUCCCCCUCCGCGGGCCUCCCCCGCGACCUGGAGACCGUGGUGGCUGCGGAGACGGACCCCAACGUGCUGGUCAUCAUGGGGGCGCAGCUGUCGGCGCGACACGAGUACACCCAAGCGCUGUACUGCCUGCGGAAGGCGGUGCUGCUGCGCCCCUCGCACGUGCGGGCGCACUACUCCAUGGGGCAGGUCUACACGCUUAUAGGAUGCUUCGAGGACGCGGAGCUCAGCUACCGCGCUGCUGCAGAGCUGUCGCCCGAGGGGACGGAGCGCGGGCAGGCGCUGUACUGCGCGGCUAGCGCACUGCACACCAUGGGCAAGCUGGAGGAGGCGGCAGCGGUGUACGCGGAGGCUGACGCGCAGUGGCGGGGGCAGACGGUGAUAGCGUACAGCCGGGCCAAUGCGCUGGCGGCGGCGGGGCGGCGGCAGGAGGCGCUGGCGGCGCUGGAGGAGGCGGAGGCGCGGAACGAGGCGAGCCGGGAGCAGCCCUUCAAGGAGGCGUUGGCUAGGCUGAGGAAGCACCUGACUAGGACGGAGGGAGAGGGAGGGGAAGGGGCGGGAGAGGCGGGGAGCGGAGGGGAGGAGAAGAGAGGGUAAGGAGCGGGCGGGAGUGUGUAUGAGGUGCGGAUUGCGCAUGGUGGUGGGUGGGCUUGGAGAGUCGCGAUGCCGUGGUGGAAGGUGAUAGGUGGCCGUGAGGGGCUGCUAGGCAGUGACUAAGGUCUUGCGGAGGUAGAAUUAGUGUUGGCUGUGAAUGGGUUUACCUGGCGCCUCUCGUGUGAUACCUUUGGAUGCCCCCCUGCACGUCGUGCACGGGACCAGCCUCUAUCACCUCCGGCAACUGCAGACUGUUAAUGCGCGAACCGGCUUUCGUUCACUGUUUGGGUU